AUGCAUAUAGCAUUAUGGAUGAUUCCUGUUGGUCUUCUAGUUUUAAUGUUAAUCAUUACUAUACUUGUUUCUUGUAUUUUUUAUGUUUGUAGUGAUGAAGAUGAAAAUAUUCCAAAAAAGUCAGUAAAACAACAAGUUGAAAUCAAAAAUGUAGGAUUCCAUAUUGAUCCAAAUGAAAAAGUUAAUAUAGAUACAAUCUCUCAUCGUUUUGCUUCUCUUUCUUUAAAUCCUAAAGAUAAAGAUGAUUGA